AUGCAGGACAAGGAAGAUAAAGGUGGGCUCGACAGUCCCGCUUGGACUCGGCUGAUGUCGCUAUCCAGUGCACAGGAGAGAAGACCUGUCUGUGCUAGGUGUCAGAAGCAGGGGAAAGAAUGUGUUUAUGCGAAUGCGGCGACCUAUGUCGCUGCGCUGGAAGAGCGUAUCCGUGGGUUGGAGGAGGAGAAAGUACAGUGGAUCAGUCAACAGGAGAGUAUGCAGGCUUCUCAGCAUGUGAUCAAGAGAGCCCGUCUCAAUACAGAUCCGCCCGAAAUUGCUUCUCCACCCUCGCACAGCGGAAGGUCCGGUGUUUCCCCAAUACCUGAUACUCCUGCAAUCCUCAACAUUCCUCCCCCCAAACCUUCAUUGCUGGUGGCAUUUGACCGAUCCAUCUUACCCUCUCGACGAGAUAUACAUGAAUUGCUAUCACGUUAUUUUUUAUACACAAACGCCGCGUUUCCCAUAUUCCACAUUCCUACCUUGCAGCGGCAGGUCGACGCCGUUGCGGUCGCCAGGUUCGGCAUAGCGGUCGUUCUAAACGCUUUAGCUAUAGGCUCUGCUUCCAUUGACAAGACAGGCCUAUCGGAUCUAGCCGUGCUCUUCGACAAAUCAACGUGA